AUGUCAUUGUCACCUUCCUUGAGUCCAUCCAACAACACUCCAGUGACCACGACGACAACCAAUACAACAACAACAACAACAACAACUUCACCACCCUUGUCUUCUCCUCCGACCACACCUACUUCACCAUCAUCGGGUUCUCCAUCUUCGUUCUCCAGACCCAACAGUGGAAAUGUCAGAUCAUUUCGUUACAAAUCACCAACCAAUAAUCAUUCCGUCUUGACAAGCACUGGAAAUAUUUCAUCAUCGACAUCUUCGCGAUCAUCUCGUCGUGAAUUGAUGUCAUCCUCGUCAUCAUCAUCAAAUUAUGGCAGCAGAGCUUCGUUUGCCACACGAGAUGAAAAUACAAUUCUAGUCAUUCCUUCGAGUAUGCUAUGGAUGGAAUCCUUUUCAGAUGCUUCAUCGAAAGGAGGUUCCGUAACUACAUCAUCAUUGAGUACUUCUAGUUCUUCUAACAAAUCAUUUACCAAUUCAUCUUCGAUUCAUGAUUUAAAUGGUUCAGCUGGUGGUACGACUGAACGAGAUCAUGAUCUCACAUUGGAAAGUGCGACACUUUCUGUGAAAUUUAACUAUUCCAUUUAUAACACAGUCGUGAAUAAUGCAACAUCAACAACAACCAAUCGAGCUGAGAAAUUGAGACAGAAAACUCAUCUUCCAAUUUCUGUGGGUUGUUUUGUAUUGGAUAAGAAUGGAAAUUUGGUCGAUGUGUUAACAUUGGAACAACCAAAGAGUUUAAUUACUGUUGAAAGUGUCGAUAAUAUUCAAGGUUUAAAUUCGAGAAAAUGUGACAAUGCGACAUUAUUGAGCUCUCCUCAAAUGGAAAACGUCACAUCGGGAGAUCCACAAAAUGAAAAAAGCUCAACUCGAAAUACCAUGUCCUCCUCGUCGAGAACCAGUGCCCCAACUUUGCAUGAACGUUGUACUCCAUUGCUUCAUAUUGAAAAUGAAGUUUAUUCGGUUCAAAACGAAGCCGAUCAGAGGAAGAGUUUGGGAUUGAGACGUUCGAUCAAGUCAUCCUCUUCGGAGGCAGCAUCUGCCACAACUCCUGGUGCUUCUGCUAAUUUAACAAAAGCUUCUAUUGGAGGUUAUCAUUUGAGAACUGGUUCCACAGCAGUCAACAAUGCUCACUCCACACAGAAAACUGGCUCUUUCAUUGUGAACAACAAUUCGGUCACAAAUUCACCGGAAUCACAAUUUGAAUCAAGCACACUCAAUGAUCCAGAAAUGUCACAAGAUUCAACUGAAAUCAAACUUCAAAACGUAAAACAGACCUUUGUCAUGCAAAUUAGAAAUUGGAAGCAUUUGUAUGAACCUCCUUUUACAUAUCCAGAUAUGGUAGAUGACAUGAAACGAACGUAUUGGAGUCAUUUCAAAAAGUUUUUAGACGAUUUCACAGUUUCUACGACUUCCAAGAAAUUAAUCACUCCAACUUCUACCAUGCCACCAGGAACUAGUUCCGAAGAUUCCAAUGCACCACAGAAAAAUGCUGGUGAUAGUACUUUUAAUUUUUGUAAACAAGCCGUUCAGAAUUUGAUGUUUUCGAAACAUAAUGAAGAACAAGCGAAACACAUGGCCAAAUAUUUGAGUGAAAAUCCUUAUGGUGAAUACAACAAGAUUGUUUUCUUUUUGGAAGGAGAUUUAAAUUGUUUGGAAGGGGACUUGGCCGUUUCAUUUGAAAAUUCAUUGGAAUUUAUGAAACGUGAUUACAAUGAUUUAGAUUAUAGAGUGACAUUACCAAAAUAUAUUCAUCAGCUCAACGUCUCAAUUAAUCAACCAUCUGUAAUGAAGAAGAGCAACAUUAUAUCCACUUUAUUCUCAAUGACAUUUGACAGAUCCAGGAAAGAUUUCGUCAUUGAAACAGCAGAUCCAUUGAGCACUUGUAGAAAUUAUUCCUCUCUCUCGUGUCAACCUUAUCCUCUUCCAUACCAAUGUAAUUUAUUCCACUUACCAAAAAUCAUUGAUGGUUUCAAUAAGAACAAACUCGAUCUAUAUCCACUUCGAGGAAAUCAAUGCUUAAUUUUACAAUCCAAGUCUGAUUCCACAACUGGAGCAACUACAUUUAACGGAGAGACCAUAAGAAUUCGUCUCACCGAAGAAAAUAGAGCAUUGGGAAUAAGACCUAUUCGUGUGAAUCAUUAUUGUCUCUUGUUAGACUCACAGGGAAGUAUUCUCGAUGUGGUGUGUCAUGACAAGACAAGGAGUUCUCACAAUUUCAAUGGCAAGCCGACUGUCACGAAUCAUUUGGCCGAAAGCAUUUCUGGUAAUUGUAACGUCUUUGUAAAUGCGUUUGAUUACUUUGAUAUUAACAUGGAAAAUUUGAAACAUGUUCCUGAGGUCUACAUCUUGUCAGUCAUUGGUGAUGGAUAUGAAAAGAGUGAAAUUCCUAAAAUGGGACUUGCCAACACUGCAAUUAACAACAUUAGCAGUUUUCUGUACUUUGAUUCCAUGCUAGGAAUUUAUUAUCUAGACAGUGAAAACAAUGAGGUUGGCAUUCGAAAUUUCUCUGUCAGCGCAAGCCCAAGUAAUUGCAUUAUUUGGUGUAAAAUGUCAUACACUGGCUGUGAAUCCUUUGCAUUCAAAACACUUGGAGAAACUAUUACUUUGUCACGACGGAAAGGUUUGAGUGUUCUUACUGAAGCAGUUCAUCAUUUGAGAAGACAUUAUUUCAAACCAAGCAAACUCGCUCCAUGCCCUUCCAUUUUUGAGUUGACUCAAACCACUUUGGAAGGAGAAACUGUAUCGACGUUGGAAACUCCAAUUCAAUUUUCUGUACAUUCUCCACUCCUUCUCAAAUUCAAAGGAAUUUCACACAGUACAAUCUCAGAAAAUUCAAAACCUUCCGUUUUAUUGAACGUCUUUUUGUUUGAUCAUGAAGCGUACUUCCUUAAAAAGCAUACCGUUGAGCUGAAACGAGAAGGACCUUUACUGGAUGGCAUCAUCGAUCCAAUGGCCAUUAUUCCCAAACUUGUGGAAAAAACACAUGCUCUCUUUUGUGUCAUUUCCAUUUACGAUGGAUCGAGAGAGAUGAAACGAGUGUCAUUCGAAGAUGAAGCUCAAAUUGAAGCAGAGCCAUCGGUGCAAACCGAUUUGAGACGACUCUCAUUCAGCUCAUCCUUCAGUAAUUCUAAAAACGAAAGCAAGAAUGAUACCAUUCGAAUGGUUUCAGUUUUGAAUGCCAGCACCAAACAACCUCAAUUCACAUUUCCUCUUUCUGAAGUAUCAGCUAUGGCUCAAGUGGUAAAUGAAAACAAUGUACAAGUGGAUAUUGACAAUCAAGCACCAAUCGAUCAUGCUGGAUACAAACAUUUAUUGGGAUUCAAAUUAGAAAAAGUGGAAGGAGCUCAAAAUGAAUGGCAAUUUAGUUUUAUUGGAGAAUGGAUGCCCAUUACACAAGAACGUGAAAUUACAGUGAGAGACAAGGAUUGGAUCUAUCGUCUUUCUGAUCUCUAUUUAGUGAAUAAUCCUAAUUAUCAGAGAAGCACGAAUGAAAAAACUUCUCAUGCUCCAUUACUUGCUCAAUCUCAAUAUAUUUGCUUUGGAGUUAAAUUUGAGGAUAUUAACAAAAAAUUGUCACUUCGAAGUGAUAUUUGUCCAUUGACAUCUGGCAAGUCCAAGAAAGCCAUGACUUACAAACAUAUUGCUGAAAAUAUGGUGUUGAAAAUGGAAGCACUUUGUUACAAUUGGAAAGGUGACAUGAAGCAAACAUUGACUUCUUCGAGCUCAAUGCCACUUUCUGGAACUGUUGAAAAAUACAUUUCUGAAGACACGACUCGAUUUGCAGCUGUCAUUGAUCAAGGAAAUCCUUCAAACACAAAAGUAGAAUGGCCUGUUCAGGGAGAACAUGAUGAUGCACAAUUUUAUAUCGUUCUCGAUGAUAUUCGUAAUCAUUCGUUGGACGUAGGACUCAAACGAGCAAGUAAUCGAUUAUCCAUUCGAAGAAACAAGUCUGCAUUUGCAUUGCCAGAUCCAAACACCAUUAUCUACUUUUCAAUUUUAUUGAAAAUUCAUUUAGAAGUUUCUGGAAAUGAUACUUCUCCUGACGAUGUCAAUGAAUUAUUGACUCAAUUGAAUGCACUUCUUAAAAUUUAUAACAUGGAGACCAAGAAUGAAGAUUGUCGUUUCAGCAUCCCUGCCGUACAAAUUCCAUUCAAAACAUCAACCACUUCAUUAAGUUCAUCCUUUUUCUUGUGCAGUAUCAAAUGUCAGUACUCGAGUGAAAAUAAGGAAAAAGCUUGGCACAUCACUCCAAUUUUACAACGAAGACAAGCUUCAGAAAUUGCAAAAUAUUUGGCACCCAUUCCAAAAGUUCUCCAAGUUCAAAUUAUGGAAGCUUCUCAAUUACCAGUCAUGGAUACUAUUUCUGGAAUGUGUGAUGGAUUUGUCACUGUGUACAUGAUUGAAAGUGAAGAAGAUUUUCAUUCGAGUAAGAAGAAGAAACUUUUUAAAACGAAUACGAUUAAGAAAAAUUUGAAUCCAAAAUGGAACAACGAAGUAUUUACCAUCAACAUUCAUGAUCAUUUAAACAAAUUAGGAUUACUCUUCACUGUGAGCGACAGAGACAUGCUUUCCACCGAAGUCAUUGGUCACGUUUUUAUUCCAUGGGGAGACAUUGAAAAUCGAAGUGCAAAAUUUUAUUCCAUUUUGAAAAAUGUUUCAACUUCCACAACGGUUCCAUCUUCACCUCUUUCAGCAUCUGGUCAAUUUUUAGGAAAAUUACGAAUUCGAUUUGAAUUAUUGGGAGCUGCCAAGAAUAAUUUCGAUCAACCAUUGGAAUUGAUCAAAUCCACUCUGAAAAAAAUUAAGAAUUAA